AUGAAGCUUGCCCAAUUCCUGCUCAUGGCCACCAUGCUCGUCAUUGGUCAAGUUGCUGCCGACACCCCGAUGCCUGCAGACCAGUACUACAAGUACAUCGUGAAAAACCCGAACUACCACACUCCCGACAACAUCCGUCGGCACCGUGCUGUGGAUUAG